UCACGGUGACCGCCCCGUGCUCCCCCCCCGCCCCCACCGUGCCUAUCCCGGGCCGGGCCGCGCCCCGGCACUGCCCGCACCGCCACCGACCCCGCCAGCAGCACCGGCACCGAGCGCAGCCCCGCACGAGGCAGGAUGCCGUCGCAGCUGGAGCACGCCAUGGAGACGCUCAUGUUCACCUUCCACAAGUACGCGGGGGACAAGGAGCACCUGGCCAAGGAGGACCUCAGGGCACUCAUGGACAAGGAGUUCCCGGGGUUCCUGGAGAACCAGCGGGAUCCCAACGCCCUGGACCGGAUCCUGCGGGAUGUGGAGCAGAGCCGCGAUGGCCGCGUUGGUUUCCAGGGUUUCUUCUCCCUGGUGGCCGGGCUCACCAUCGCCUGCAAUGAUUACUUCGUGCUGCACAUGAAACAGCGCGGCCGCCGCUGAGGGGGCGUCACCCCAAACCCGCCCGGGGGCGUCACCCCAAACCCCCCUCGGACCCCGUCCCGACCCCAAAUGUGUGCCUUGACCCCAUUUUGGGGUUCUGAACCCUCCAGGAGAGCUGAGACCCCCACCCGAGGGUGUCACCCCAAACCCCCCUCGGACCCCGUCCCGACCCCAAAUGUGUGCCUUGACCCCACUUUGGGAUUCUGCCCCCCACCCAUGGGUGCCCCUCGCCCACCCAUGGGUGUCACCCCAAAGCCCCCUCAGGCCCCAAAUGUGUGCCUUGAUCCCUCCUUUGGGUUCUGAGCCCCCCCAGGGGAGCUGAGACCCCCACCCACGUGUGCCCCCCACCCACCCGGGGGUGUCACCCCAGACCCCCCCCUUGGAUCCUGUCCCAACCCCAAAUGUGUGCCCUGACCCCACUGCAGCAAUCCCAAAACAGCCCCGGGGGUCUCCAGCCCCCCCCCCCCCCCAGGGGUUCUGACCCCCCCCUACCCAUGGGUGCCCCUCACCCACCCGGGGGUGUCACCCCAAACCCCCUUCAGUGUCCCCCUUCCCCCUUGGGGGUGGCCCCCAAUAAAGGAGUUUUGU